AUGUCCAAGUUCACUGCUGCUGUUGCUACCUUUGGUGCGCUUGCACUCGGCUACGCUGUCUAUUUUGACUAUGCUCGCCGCCACGAUCCAGAGUUCAGAAAGAGAAUCCAGAAGAACAACGAGAAGUACGCAAAGGCCAAGGAGGCCGCUGCGCACAAGGUGAAGACUGCGCAGAUCGAGGUUGUUCAGAAGAAGCUGAUGGAGUCUCUUGCCAACGAGCCAAUUCCAACGGAGCCUGCUCAGAAGGAGUCGUACUUCAUGACCCAGGUCACCACCGCCGAGCAGUUGGCUGCUGUUCCAGGCAAGGAGAUUGACAGUGCUCUGGCCUUCUACAGGGCUCUUGCGGUCUACCCAAACCCUACUGAUAUUCUGAACGUGUACCAGACCUCUGUGCCAAAGCACAUCUACGAGUACAUCAUCAUGAUGAUGGCGCUGAACCCGCCGCUGUCUGUUGCCUCUUUCCUCGGUGAAGAAGCAGAGUAG